AUGGGCAAAUCCCUAUCCCGUGCCUUGAUUGGCGCGGCUGUCUUUGUCUACGGCUUCUUUACAGUUAUUCUUUACGGCCUCAUUGCCUUGGCGAAAGGCACAUACUUCAAAAGCCCCACUGAAAGCGAGAAACAAGACCUACAGCUUGCUCGCGCGAGACUGUGGGAUUUAUCAAAAGUCUUCAAAGGUCUCUCUCACAACAUUCUAACCUUGCAGAGCGGAUUCAAGUUCCACUUCGUCAGUAACGAUAUCCCGAACACACCGGAAACCAUCAAUUCCGAUAAACCAUUGGUCAUCUUCAUCCACGGAUUCCCCGAUAGCUGGGCGAUUUGGCGACACAUUAUCAGAAACCCUGCUCUGCAAGAGGCCGUUUCACUUGUUGCGAUUGACCUUCCCGGAUACGGAGGAACAGAGAGCCUGGAAGAAUAUAAUGCAACAAAUGUAUUGGAGAAAUUGACAGAGUUGAUCGUCACCCUGCGGACCCAGUAUGGUGUGGACACAGGCAACGAAAGCAAUAAGAAGAGAACCAUAAUUGUCGCCCAUGAUUGGGGUUGUGUCUUGUCCAUGCGUCUCGCUGCCGAAGCUCCGUCUCUGGCACAUCGGUUCAUCCUGUCCAACGGACCAUCAAUGAAAUUGGUUGAAUCCAAUAUCCGCCGUCUGCUUUUCUCGGCCAAUAAGUCGCUCGGUAACGCCUGGCGUUCACCACUGCACUCCCGCGUCCCGCUGAUGCAAGCACUCAGAACCCUCACCCCUCUCGCCCGCCAGCUUGUUCUAUCCGGCUAUAUCUUUGCCAUGCAGCUCCCAACGCCAAUUGUCUACUAUCUCCUAUCCGGAGGCAACCAGUCACUGUUGAGAAGUUGCCACCUCACCUCGUACAACAAGGACGAAUAUACCCCCCUCGACGUGGCCAACAGCAUGGCUAGCACCAUGGGUCCGUCCGCCGCAGAAUCGGAUACUAAGACUCCCAGCGGUGAUGCCUAUCCCGCCAGCCUCAGCGAGCGCGCGUUCGCACAUGUCAUGCACAUGGCGGCUUAUUACCGUGAUCGGGCGGCGACGGCGCGCUGGGUCAAGUCCAUUGAGACGGUUGCUAGCUUGCACAGCAUUGCACCCGGAAAGCGACUGGCGAGCAGCGGUGCUGGGCUGUUUGAUGAAGGUCCCCCGGGCGCUCUCAAGGCUAGCGCGACCAUUUUCUGGGGCAAGGAUGAUAUUGCUCUUGACCAGAGGAUCUGCCUUGAUGGAAUGGGUGAUUACUUGGUGCAGGGAUCCCAGAUCGUGCUGCUUCCCCGUACUGGGCAUUGGACUCCGCUUGAACGUGAGAGCGGCGCAGCUUUGAUCAAGGCUGUUGAAUGGGCUGCUCAAGGUGAAGAAGGGGAUAUUGAGACGGUCAUCGCUGAAUCCUACCCUGGUGUCGAGGUCACUUUUUCACGAUAA